GGGAUCUGCCUGGCAGUUGUCAGUUUAUGAAUAAUGCAGAGGAUUUCCAUAGAGGCUGUGGAAUGGAUCCCAUAACUCAGGCAGCUCAAGACAGUGGUCCAGUGACCAACAAUAGUUAUGUGGAAGAGGAGGCCAGUCUAACCACUGGAGAUGAGUCAUUUCUGUUGGAAGAUGAUCAAGCUGCUGAAUACUUCUCUGAAAACCAAAGAACCAGUACACCUACAAAAACCUUUGCCCAUUUUGAAGAAGAUGGUCCAACUGACGGUGACACGUUGUCCCCUGUUUUGCAGUGUGAUGCUGCUGAAAAUGGAACUCUGACCAGUGACCAAAGUUCCAGCUCUCCUGUUGGGAGUUCUACUCAGGAAAACUCUGGAGAAGUGUCAAAGUCAUUGUAUACAUCUGCUUUGUCAAACAUAAAUGCAACACCGACAUCUGAUAGUUACCUUGGAGAGAGGGACCAACAUGUAGUUGAGAGUACAGUUUCUCUUGAAAGAGUGGGUGAAUGUUCCACAGGGGACAGCACAUGGGCCACUGCACAUGGAUCUUUACAAGAAGACUCUGAUUUAAUUGAUGAUACAAUCAAACACGAGUUUAGUCCUGGACAUUUCUCAUCAAGUAAAGAUAAUUCUAAUUACUAUAGGAAUCAUGGUGAAUCAACUUUUGAAAGCACAACUUUGGCAAAUACAGAAGAUGUGGACUCUAUAGUUAGCAAAGGUAGCAAAUCUGAAGAUACGAAAAACUUUGAGGAAGUGAGUUCUCCUGAUUUAGACUUGUUGAAUGAAAUCUGUGAAGAGGCCACCAACAUGACAAUUAAAGAGGCUUUGAUCUGCUCAUUAAACCCGGAAGUACGAGCUGGUCUACGAGAGGGUAGAUUAUCACUAAAUGAAAGUGAGAUCUUGGCUUUGGAGCAGUAUUGUGAACAGUUCAUUGAGAAUCUGAUUUCUCAGCUUUUAGUUGGGGAUUGGUCUGAGAGAAUUACUGAAGAAGAAAACAAACCACAGCCACUUGAAGACAAGACUAAAAUCAUGGCACAAAAGCUUAGCGAUUUUGGUCUGGAGACAUUGAAAUCUAACUGUGAUAGAUUUGUUCAUAGUGUCAUCACAGAAUCAUUGCAUGAAUCCUGUCUAAGAUUUCAGGGCAAAUUUAAUGAAAUCUCACCAGAAAGGGAUACAAAGUUAAAAACCAAGCAAAUGGAAACUGGUUUAGAUGAAGACAGUGUUGAGAUCCUGCUUCCACUCGUUAAACGAUCAAAAGCAAUUCAAGAUUAUAUUGGAUUUCUUGCUGCUGAUGUUAUAAAGUCAGCAUUGGCAAAUUUAUCAACUUCCAUAGCAACCAAUAAUGGUGAGAGAAAUGACCACAUGAUGUUGAAUGAAAUUAAAACCUCAGAUGACACAACAAAUACAAAAACAACAGAUUUUUUAGCUAAACACAAGGAGAGAACCCAGCUGGAGACAAACAGUGAUACAUGGAAAUCUCAAAGUGAUAGUUUACAAAACAAAGCCAAAAGAGGCUCAAUGUCUUCAAUAACUAGUGAUAAUGAAUUUGAAGAACAGUAUGCAAAGGAGAUAGAAGGAACUUUAGAUGAUGAACAUAUGAUAUCUGCUAGCUUCAAUGGUGCUUUGGAGACUUCACUGGAGUUUGAUGUGGGUGAUUGGGAAGGUGGAGGAUUCUUCGAUGAAUUUAAUUCUCUUGAUGCAGGUUAGUAAUUUUCAGUGAAAAUCAAGACUUUAAUCUCUAAGAUUUAAUAUUCAUACUUUAGAUGUAGGUCUGCAUUUUUCAGUAGAAUUCCAGACUUUUGAUCUCACUACGUGAGAAUUUUAUUACUUUAUACUGUAAGCCAGUAUUGAAAUUUUUACUGUGAGCACAGUGAAAAUUGUUUGAAAAUGAAAAGUAACAUUUUAGCCUGCUGUAAAGCCAUUGUUUAAAUUGUUUAUUUAUAAGUAAGGUGCUAUUUUUUGUCCUUUUCCAGUAGACAUAAAAUUUCACGAUAGAAAAUGAUUCUUCAGGAAUUGUCUGGCCAAAUGACUACUGACAAGGGGUUGUUGAAAGAGAGCAGACAGCAAGUUGUUGUUGCUUGAAAUUUCUGCGUGUCGGUAGGAUGCCUAAAACGUGUGUAAUUCCACAUUAUUGGUUUUGGCUCCAUUAAAUCCUCUACCAAUUUUUUUAUUGUAGAACAAUAUUAUUUUGGAGGAGCUACCCACAAUGUGAGCACAGUUACUGACAAGCUUUAUGAAUUAGGAAAACAAUGCAAAGUUAAUCAAAAAUACAUGCAUGUACAUAAAAUUUAACGAACCAACUGCUUACAACUCAACUUAGUUUACACCCCUGCCUGACUUUGUGACUUCAAAUGAAAUUAAAAGAAUGCUAUUCAACUGGCAGUUUCAAGACUUUUUUAAAAACUUGAUUUUAGAAAGAAAACAAAAGAUACUGCUUAAAGAACUGUCCUUUGAUGAGCAUGCAGAAGUUGCUGGGACAGAAUUGCUAGCACCAGUUUUCUUAGCAAUUGCUGAAGAGAAUGACGCAGACACUGGGAUCCAAGGAAUGAGAAGAAAGGCACAGUCCAUUGAGGACUUGUGUGGCAUCAUUGAUGAACCAGGUGAGGGACAAUUUCUUUUGUAGAUUUGUCUCUAGUAUGUAAACAGAGAAUAAAGUGACUUGACCUGUUUUGAUUAUCUAUUUUGUUUGGGUAAGGCCCAGUUCAAACUUCGAACUUUUCAUGUACCAAACUCAAUACUUAUUUAGGUUAACCCAAAUGAUAUGUUUGACUCAAUUCAUUUUCAUGAUGUACAAUGAUCUACAAUGCCUGCCGGUCAAAAUAAAUUAUUAAUAUAGUAAUUUAGGCAUUUGAUUUGGCAGAUGAAAAAUUUGACAUAAUUUUGAAAUGAAGUAGUUCCAUAGCUGAAAUUUCCAUGUGGGCCACUCGAACUUAAUUCAUGGAUUCAUGGGUCAACCCAAAUUAGACAUGUUGGACUUAACUGAAACAUUGACCUUUUACCACCCUCUCGCGAGCUGUGAAUCACGUCACGCGCUAUGCGAUUCCUGUAGCACAGGACAUGAUUCUCAUAGCGCACAAUGGCCGAAAAACUGUAAUUAUCAUGGCCAAAUUUUUUCACAUAAAUAUAAAUAGAGGGGAUUAAGUUUGGUACCUAAAAAAUCAACAUUUGAACUGGGCCUAAUUGUAAUACAGGGAAAAUCAAAACAGUGCUGGGCGGUGGUCAUUAGGGACAGCCUUUCUACACUUGGGUUCUCUUCUCUCUUUGUGUACACACAUCAGCUUGCUUGUCAGCCUGUCAGUAAGGUCAUUUUGGCUGGUAAUCUUCAAGUGUUUCCCUGCUCCUGGCCUGUCUCCCACUUUGUAAAUACAAUCAAACCCCAUUAAUACGGACGCUGAAGGGGCCAUAGAAAGUGUCCAUAUUAGGUGGAUCAUGUUACUUAUGUCAUAAAAAACCUUCAAUUAGAACCAAAAACUAAAGAAAUAAAAGAGGGCAUAAACAUCAUCAAAUUAAACAUUUCUAACCUUCAAAAAGCCUUCAUUCCGCGGACUAAAUCUAUGAAAGACUCAAAAAUUGCUCAUCCGUAGAUUACUUAAUCAAAGCUGUGCGGUCUCUGCAUAACUCGUUUGAUGCCAAAAUAGGUUGAAGUUGACGUCUGCAAAUCAUCCUGUGCAGUGUACUGUAGCGCUGAGAACAUCGACAUGCUGUCCACUGAAGGUUUUUUACUAUUGGAAAGGAAAAGUCUAUUACAGCAAGUAGCACAUAAUGAAGUGUCGGCAUUAGUGAGGUUGACUUAAUUUUUCUAUGAGAAUCUGUUGACUGGGCAAGAAACUAGUGUCUAUUUUUCCGCAUGAAUGGGUGUCUUUAUUAAGCAGGUUGAAUUUAGAGAAAAUUUACAGGCCUUUCCCAGGGACAAAUAAAACUGUCCGUAAUAACGAGGUGUCUGUUUUAAGUGGGUGUCCAUAAUAACGAGUUGUCCAGAAAAGUGGGUGCCUAUAAAGUGGGGUUUGACUGUACAUUAAUUUUAUUAUUAUUAUUAUUAUUAUUAUUUCAUUUGUUAUUCCAAAGUACAACAAUUACAAUUAUCAUCACAAAGCACACAUGCAGAAACGGACUACACACCUAAGCACACAUGCAAUUCCACAAUCACCACACAAGACCACACAAGGUAUACCUACUGUUAUAUUACAAGACUUGUAAUAUAACAGUAGGCACACCUUGUGCUAUUCAAAAAAGAAGAAACUAAUCAUUUUUGUAAAAGAAGAAAAUUAACAGGAUUACAAAGUCCAUUUGUCCAUUAAUUUCUGUAAACUCUUAUUCUUAGUACAAAAUAUAUUUAAUAUAUUUUUCUAUUUCAUAUGUACCAUUUACUUUAACUAUAAACUGUUUAUGGUUAGGAGUACUUCAUUCCUUCUGCAACUCCAUAAAUAUAUUUUCCCUGUACAUUAAUUUUCAUUGGUAAGUACACGUUGGUGGUAGCUGCUCACACAGUUGCCUUGGAUAGUUUGGGUAGAUAGAUGGUAGAGGUGGGCAAUGGUGGUUAAUGACAGUGUCAUUGACUCCAGCUUACCUUGAGUAGCAGGCUCACUUUUCUAGAGCUAAAGAUUCGACCCUCCUUUCAAGUUGUAUUAUUUUGUUAAUCGUCCCUUGUUUCUUGUUUUUUUUCUUUUGUUGACUAAAUGAACAUGUUACAGCGCUGUCUGAAUAAAAUUCCAGUUUCUUAAAGCUGCACUGUAGAUAAUUAACAUGGAUUUGCCUUCUGUUUAAUAAGUGAAUAUUUUUACUUUGAUUUCUUUAUAACUUAUAAAAUUAAUGUGUAAUUUAUGUAAAUUAUAAGGUGAAAAGAAAAAGCUACAGAGAAGCUACUCAGCUCCUAAGACAAUCACACCACUGCUGCAUCAAACGUCUGAGACUGAGUUUAGUCUAGAACAAGGUGAUGUCGAUGAGGAGUCUUUUGAAGAUGAGGAAAAUGAGAUGGUGGAUGAUCAGGAAGAAGAGGAUGAAAAAGAGAAUAGGGAGGAGGAACAGAGUGAACACCCACAAAAUAAAGAGCAAGAUGGACAAAUGAGUCCUGAUGAUAGAAAUAAUUUUCGUUGGUACACUGUUAGUGUCAGUGGAAGGGACAAGAUAUUGGAUUUGAAGCUUCUAGAGCCUUACAUGAAAGUUAUCUCUCACGGUGGUAAGGCAGCACAUUGAAACUUUUUCUUCUCCUGGCCCCAGUUGUUCAAAAGCUGGAUAGGGCUAUUCACAAGAUAAAUCACUAUCCAGUGGAUAAGUAUUAGAGAAACUAAUUAUUGCACUAUCCACUGGAUAGAGAUUUAUCCGCUGGAUAGCGCUAUCCACCUUUUGAACCACUGGGGCCUGGUACAAUGAUUGCCUUUCACAGGGCUUUCACUUGGAGUAGGGGAUCGGGAAUUUCCCCUGGCUACUAUAUAUGUGCAAGACCCCCAGCUACUUCGAGAUGAAACAUUUAAAUGAAAAUAAGACAUAAAGAACUUACUAGCUUUCCAUUUCCUGCCUACUAAUUGUAUAUACCUAGAAACUUGAGAUCUUAGGACGCUUUCCAUUUGUCAGAACUGACCGGCCAGACCAUUCUUGUUGUAAUGAUAAUUUCACUUGUAAUCAAAACUAUCCAGCCAGAUCACUCAAAUCCUAAGUAGUAUGCACAAAGGAGAAUGUUUUUCAGCAAAAACCCUUUCGAAAAAGCGGAUUUCAUUAAUUUUGCCAACUGACUGGUCCGGCAAUGGUCCAGCCGGCCAGUUCUGACAAGUGAAAAGCGCCCUUAGUGUCAGCCUUGCUUUUAUAGGGCUGGUGACAUAUGCGUGGCAAUGAAAUCAGGCAAGCAUUUCAACAAGGGUCAAUAUGCCAGGCUAUUAAUUAUUAUUUUCUAUAGUUGACCGUUAAGGCCAUUAUAAGUGGGUAAUGACACCAACACUUAUCCCUGCUCUGUUUAGAACUAGCUGUCGUAAUGUUUAACCAUUUUGAAGGUGUGGUGGAACCUCGACGUAAUGAACCUCUAUAUAACAAAGUCCUCGAUAUAACGAACAAUUUUCUUUACCCCCAUAUUAUAGUAAAAUAUAUGGAAAAGGACCUCGAUAUAAUGAAAUCUUGAUACAGCAGACAAGUUUUGCCAGUCCCUUUGCCCUUUGUUAUAUUGAGGUUCCACUUAUAGUUUAUGUUUACUAUUCACAGGUUACUUUAGCAAUACGAAAUCAACAAUUGUUGUAUUGGCUGCCUGCUACCUCCCAGACAGAAGUAUCAAGAACUAUGAUUUCCUCAUGGAACAGCUUUUCUUGUGAGUUAUUAUUAUUAUUAAAUUUAUCAUUUGUUGAAUUUUUCAAGUAUUUUGGUUUCUGUCUCGGCCAAUGGCUUAGUCUGAUUACUAUAUUGCAUAGACUGAAGUAAUAAUUGUAAUAAUUAUUGUGAUGUUGUUUCAGGCUCACUGGCUCCAAUCAACUCCCACCCUCUUACCUGCCUUUUUUCAACUUUCCAAAUUAAAUCAGAUUUGUGCCUCUUCCUCCUUCCCCCUGAAGAUGAGCAGCAGUGCACUGUCAGUGGCUUUUUGAUGCUUGGAGACUUACAGCAAAGAGCCCAAGAGUGAGACUGCUUUGAUUUAUUCACAUUCUUUGGUACAGAUUUAAUCCAAUCAGAAACCAGCUGGAAACUGUCCUCGACUUCUGAUUGGUUAAUGUCUGCAUGAAAGAAUGUGAGUUAAUUAAGGGAGGUCACAGUUUUGGGCUCCUUGCUGUAUCAGAUCUUAUUUAAGUGUAGAUCUUUCUGUCAUUUUGUUUCUUUGCUCUCACUUUCCUUAAAAUGCCUCACACCUAUAAGAUUGCCUUAGAAACAACAAUGAUGUUACUAUGUUCUUGGCUGUCACUAAGGGCCAGGGAUUUCCCGUGGCUUCUAUGAGCAUUACCCCUGGCCACUUUUAUUGGCAACAAAAGAGAAACAGAGCCAAACAAGCAUCCUGGCUGCCUUAUUUUCCACCUAAUUUUUUUGCACUUGGCACCUUGAACUCCUGCUGAUAGCCCUGCUUAUCAAAUGAUACCUUCCUUUUAACUGUCUGUAUGAACUAUGAAGUGGCCUUAUCAUUCACACUUCUUUCCAUAUGACUGUAGUUAUGUUAUAAGUACCCUGGAGCUGCUGGCCAUCCACGACGAUUACUACUUAGUUUAUUUGAAUGGUUGCACAAGACAACAAAACAUGCCUUCCGUUGCAUGGAUGAAGAGGUUUUACCAGUAUAUUGAAGGAGGGUAAGAAUAUUUACUGCCAGUGAUGUCAUCAGUUUUGACAGUCAGGACAACUUUGUCCGCUAACUUGUGCAGGGUAAAGAGAUCUUUCAAACCACACUAGAAUGAGCAUGAUUCAGUCAAGGAGAUCGGAGAAAAAGGCAAAAAACCAUGUAACAUUGACCUGAAAAUUUCCACGAAAAUCUUGUGUCACUACCCACCUACCUUUCCUUUCAUCUAAUCCCAAGAUCCUAAAAGCUUUUCCCAGAACUUUUCCCACCGAAAUGAAGCCUACUAAAUAACCAGCAAAAGCAAAAAAAAUGAGGCAAGAAAAGCGAAAGAAGAGGAGAGGAGAGAAAGCGAAAAGAAAAAGUCUGGAGAUUUUGCUUUCUGCGCAUGCCUAAACUUCACAAGCUAAUAUUUUCCACCUGGAUCAGAAGACCUCGAAGUUCAUGAUCUGUAAACAGUUUUGUGGUUCGUUUUAGCUCUUUACACUAUAGCCUGGCAAUGAUUAAAAAACUGCUUGACUGUAAGCUUAAAAACGCGUUUUUUGGCAAAAUUCCAAGGGGCGAAUGGGUUAAUCAUCUUCCGGUGAAAUCAGGAAGUAAAAAUAUGAUUAUCUUAAUUGCAUGUUAGUUGUAUUUCUUGUUAUAUAUGAAAUGGUUAAAACCAACUCAGUGCGAUAAUCCUCAUUGGCAAUCUGCAUGUGUACUGUCCUAUCACAUCUAUUGCUUGUUGUACAAAGGGCGUAUAAAAACUGAGUGUGGUUGAGCAGCACAUGCUUGCUGCUAUAGUAGUCCUUAGUAUUGUACUUGCAGACACAAUCUGAAGAACCAUGUUAACUCUAGGUGUCUAGAUUAUUCGGUGAAGUUACAGCCAAACUCUUUAACCCAGUGUUUUGAAUUGAUUAUUUUUCUCUUUGUAGACUGAAGAAAAAAAUGAAAGAAAUGUUUAUUGUGCACCCCAGUUUUAGACUCAAAGCAGUUAUUACACUUGCAAAGCCAUUUCUCAAGUAAGAUUUAUAACGUUUUUAGAAAUGUAACUUUUGUUAAAUAGAACUGCAGGCAGAGGUUUUUGAAUGAGUUUUACCAGAGAAGCGAAUGACCUGACGUUUCUCAGUGUUACUAGUCGGGGCACCCAGUGACGGUUUCCACCUAAAUACAUUGAAAACACUUUUUAGGCUGUCCAGAAUACUUUUAGAUCUCUAGAUAUGCAUUCUAAGCAUCGCUAUAAAAUCUCUAUCUGUUCGGUCAUCCUUAGUGAACUUGAGUCUUUUCGAAAUUACAGUGAAACCCUGCCUUUUGGCCACUAAUACGGUAAUACGGUCUCCUCGUUAUUAAGGCCACUUUUUUUCGCCGCCCGGCAAAACAGCCAUACGUUUUCUUGUAAAAAAGUCUUGUUAAUACGGCCAAAUUUUUUUGGCCUGUCGGUGCCUGUUAUAACGGGGUUCCACUUGUACAUGGGCUUCAGUAUUAUUUUUCCGAAAAUUUUAGAUGCAAUGUAACUUAUUACGAAAGUGAGAAAUUUUCUGAUUCCUCUCUCCAUCUCAUUUUUGAAUCCGAAAAUUUUAGGUUUCCCUUUUUCGCUAAAAACAGCCUAUCCUUGAGAGUGGAAUGUGUAAAUUAAACUUCAGAAAAUAGUAGGGAAUUUAUUAGAUAAGCUUCGAAAAUUGUACAUGAAUGGAACGGUCGUCUAGAAAUUUUUUAGCUGUUCUCAAAUAACAGAAAAUUGUAGGCAAUAUUUGCUUCUUCGAACAGAUAUUACACUGAAAACAGUUGUUGGGUGCCCGUGACGGAACAAGUGCUGAAGGAAUAAUCCUGUACAGUGGAACCCCGCCUUACGACCACCCCGUUAUUGCGACCACUUUUUUGUGGCCCGAACAAAAGCCCACUCAUUUUCUUAUCUGACAACCCCGUUAAUCCGACCACCCCGUUAUUACGACCAACGACCACCUUUGGGAGUCCUGAGUCGUUAUUUUCUUUAUAAAAUUACCCCGUUAAUACGACCAGUCAAAAUGCUUGGUGGGGCUGCUGAAUGAAAACAGACACAAUCUGACAAACAAUAACCCAUUACUAAUAUUUUAUUGAAUGUUUUUAGGCAAAGGUGUUAGUGGUUAGCAUGACAUCUGGUAAAUUGCUGUGUGCAGUAAAAAGGAUGCAUGAAUAAAUAAUACAAAAGAUCUGAAAGACUUCACUUUGCAGCAUUUCGAGGCUCUCAAAGUUAUUUUGCCUUCUUGUUUCUGCUGCCUCCCACUGUGGCUUUUCUGUUCAAGUCCAUUUCCUUUUCUUUUCUCCCAGAACUUUGAACUUUGUAAUAACUGUGAAAGUGUUGUAAGCUACAAUAUAGAAAACGGCUCUUCGAGACAAAUCACAAGCCCUUUCCUUUCAUAACUAGGAACUGAAGGAAGUCAGCGUUUUUUCUCAUGACUCGGUUUCGUUUACUGUUACAUUGUUCAGUUGCAUUGAAUUGCGGUUGUAAGGUUGUUAAUUAGUAGAAUGUAGUUUAAAAGCAUUUUACACCAUAAUUUGACCCUACCCCGUUAAUACGACCAAAUUUCCAUGGCCCAAAGGUGGUCGUAUUAACGGGGUUCCACUGUAUAAAUGAAGAUGACUUCCCUUCCUUGUCCUUUCCUUUUACUCUACUCUCCCGGCUACUCUCUUCCUCUCUACUCGAGUCUGCUCUUCUCUUCUUGACUCAACUAAUUUCUACUCUGGCCUAGUCUAUUUUAUCUUAAUCUGUUCCACCUUGCUCUACCCUACCCCACUCCAUUCUACCCUACACUAUCCUAUGCUAACCUUCCGUACCCUACUGCACUCCACUUUGCUUUUCUCCACUCCACCCCCACUCCUCCUCAUUCCAUCCCCCUCCAUCUACCCCACCCCACCCCACUCCACUCCUUCUAGUCCAAUUUUUUGGCCAUCCACCUGUGAUUUAUGACUAAAGAAUGUCUUCUUUAUAACUGCCAAGAUUUUGUCAAAAACUAUGAUAAUUUUUAUUAAACUCUUUCUUUUCUACAUUACUAGUGCUAGCUUUUGGCGGAAACUUACUUUUGUCCACUCCCUUCGCAUCCUGUCAAGUCACAUUCCUGUAGAUUAUAUUUACAUUCCUGAUGAGGUUAUGAGGUAAGCCAUUAACUCAAGUACUUUUGUAUCCAGCAAUUAUGAGUUAUGUUUAGCCCUGAUGCACUGAGAUGCCAAACUUUUCAUGAGCUAAAUCUAAGAUCUCCUAGUAAGCAGGUGAAAAGUCGCAUGUCUUAAUCAAUGUAGAACAUCUGCUUGAAUUUAUAACAGCUCAUCCGUUAUUCCUUCCUGGGUUAGCCAGGAAUCAGCCAUUUAACAGCUUUAAUUUAGACACUAAACUUUCCUUCCACCCAACCAAAGGCUUCUCCAGUUUUAAGGGCGAGGGAAUGUUUUUUUCCAAUCAUUUAUUAUUGUUCAGUGUAGAAGAACACUAGUUCUAGUCUGUUGCCUUCUAACAGUUAUUUUUACCCAUCAGCCACUUUCUUGCUGGGCGGACAGUCCAUGCAUUCACUUUUGUUUUAACUUCUCGGUUCACUUUCGCUUGGGACGACUGUAUACUAGGGGAAAUUGCAAACAAUGCUUAUGCAAUAAUUUGUUUGUGGGGAGGGGGCGGGGGGGAGGGAAACAAGAUUUAUUAUAGGCAGACUGCAGGCCUUUGAGUGGCUGCUUACGUCUUUUCCCGAGAUGGCUAAUGUGGAGAGAUUCGACUAUAAUAAGGUUUUUUAUUCUCUUAGUUUAUUAUUUAUUUCAUUUUUUCACUUGCAGAGUGGAUCCAGCUUACAGGCAAGCACAUGGCCGAUGAAGACUGGGCAAAAGUAAUAUUUUUGAAGAGUAUUUGUGCCGUGCGGAAAAAAGAAAACUAUAAUAAAACAAAGAAAGAAUGUUUUUAGUACAAGCGUUAGGCACAUUAAAAUGGACUAUGGACUGUCGGUUGUAAAGCAAAAUCAAAAUCGAAAUAAUCUUUAAACAAUCUUAACUCUUAAAUUACUUAUUCGCAGAAUUAACCGUUGGCUUGGCGCAGGAACGUGCUUGAAAUAAUAGUGCCAAUACCGGCAGUCAACUCUCACUGUGUCACAUAUAGCCACGUGUUAAAGAUGGAUUCCAAAUUAUCGUUUAUCUCAGUCCGCCUGAAGGUGAUGUUACACGAGACGAUUCGCAACGACGAUUUUUGGCGCAGCACAGGGUUCUAAUGUUGGAACAAUGUUGCAGCCUUUCGAAACGAUGUCGCAACAAUGUU